UUGUCGUUACACCGUUUGGUGAUUUUUGAUUGGCAAGGGUGGAAGCCGAGGGAAAAACAAAAACUGCAGUUGUGGGGGAAUUACCGGUUAUUUCAGCCAAGCAGGUGAUUAAAACGUCGUUAACUGAUCCUCGUCUUCUAAAAAUAAAGUUACAAAAACUUGUUUAUUUAUUCCACUUGAUAACACGAUUACUCGGCAAAAUGCUGCUCAAAACCAAACCUUUUUUAUUUAGAACAUUACUCAAUUUUACAAAAAAGUACAGCACAUCAAUUCAGGAACAAGUGACCAAAGUUAACGGUCAAACUAUAAAUUACGUGAAGACUGGUCAGGGGAAUCGGAACGUUUUGUGUUUUCCUGGGGCUUUGGGGACAAUUUGGAGCGACUUUAAACCGCAAAUAAAUGACCUUGAUAAGGGGAAAUUUACGGUGAUUGCGUGGGAUCCCCCGGGGUAUGGCUUCAGUCGCCCCCCUGAACGUAAUUUUUGUCUGGAAUUUUACGAAAAUGAUGCUGAUACGGCCCAUGAUUUUAUGCAACACCUGGGGGUGAAAAAAUUUUCAUUGUUGGGCUGGAGCGACGGGGGGAUUUCUAGUAUGAUUCUGGCAGCAAAGUACCCCCAGUCGGUGGAAAAGCUCGUGAUAUGGGGGGCGAAUUCUUACGUUAUACCGGACGAGAUCGAGAGUUACGAAAAAAUUCGUGAUAUUAGCAAAUGGUCGGAUAAAAUGAAAGCUCCGCUUAUUAAGUUAUACACAGAGGCGGGUUUGCAAAAGAUGUGGAACGACUGGUGUGACGCUGUGACCGAAAUGUACGAAAAAAAUCACGGGAAUAUUUGCAAGGAAAUCCUCGAUCAAAUAAAAUGCCCCACUUUGAUUUUGCACGGGGAUAAGGAUCCGAUGGUUGCGUCCGAACACCCAACUUAUCUAGAGUCACACAUCGCAGGAGCCAGACUAUACCGGUUUCCUGACGGCAAACACAAUAUUCAUCUGAGAUACGCCCCUGAAUUUAAUAAAAUCGUCACCGACUUUUUAACAAAACCGUAGAAAAAAAUAAGUAGUAUGUGAAUUUUUUAUUUCGAGUUUUUUAUAAGUAGUAAUGUGUUAAUGACGCAAAAUACAAAAUUAAUUAAUACUCAAA